AUGCUCUACGUAGUACUAUCUGCCUCCGUUUCUGAAAACAUCGGUCGUCUCAAGGUCAAAGACCUAGACACCGACCCCGCGGAUUAUGCCUUUGAGCUUGUCUGCACAAAUUGCAGAGAAAAGCAUGAUUCAAAAGUUACCAUAAAUCGGCUGGAGAAACAUACAAUGAGCGGUAGCAGGGGCGAAGCAUCUUUCGUCAUGAAGUGCAAGUUUUGUGGUAAAGACUGCUCCAUUAAUCUUGAAAGAACUCAAGAGGAGCUUUACAAUUUAGAGGAAGAGUCCAAUCGCGAAUUGGUGGAAAAGACGCGAGUCUACCGCAAGAAAAUAGGAAUUAAGAACGUGGAUUCAUCAAAAGCCAUCCUAUUGGCUCUCGAUUGCAGAGGAUGUGAAGCUCUCAAUUUAGACUUCAGUAAUUUGACAUUUGAGGCGUGUUUAGUGUCAGGAAAAGUUAUGGAAGCAACCUUUGAGGAAGAAAAUGAAUGGUAUGAUUAUGAUGACGAUGCCGGCGAGGAGGUUUCAAUAACAGGUCUACAAUUUGAUAUAAUAAAGGGCAAAUAG